GUGUGUGCAUGUGUGUGUGUGUGUGUGUGUGUGUGUGUUCUCUCACUGUUUUGGAUUUUUCUCAGUUCAGUAUGUGCAUGGGGUCUGUCUGAACUGUCUGCAAGGGCCGCCUUUGGACUUAUCCUUCUCUAAUUUUGGAUUUCGUUGGCCAUUUUCUGACCAAUUCUGUGGAUUGGCUAUCGGUCUUGCAACCAUGGAGGUAUGUAGGCGAGUGUGCUGGAGAGAACUGCUGGUUUUCCUGCAUCUCAUGGCUUGUGCAGUGGGCAUGCCUGGGAGGUGCAGCCUGUUUGGACGACACUACGUCCACACGUUCGAUGGCGUUUUGUAUGACUUCCCCGGAGACUGCAGCUACCUGCUGGCUGGGGACUGCAACCAUCGUUCCUUCACUUUGCUGGGUGACUUUGUCCACGGAAGGAGGAGUGGCGUGACUUUGUUUCUUGGCGACGUCUUCGAACUACACCUGUCUGUAGACGGAACGCUCUCACAGGGGGAAAAAAGGAUCUCACUGCCGUACGCCUCUCAUGCUGUGUUUGUGGGUGCGGAGAUGGGCUCCUACAAACUCUGGAGCGAGGAGUUUGGCUUCACCGUUACCAUCGACAGUGCGGCGAAUGUCGCCGUGACGCUUGCCAAACACCACACCAACCGGACCUGUGGGCUGUGUGGCAACUUCAACUCCUUGUCUGUUGACGAUUACACUGCUCAAGAAGGGUUCCUAACAGAGGACAGUUAUGACUUCGCAAACUCUUGGGCUGUGAAAGGGGCUGGGCAGGCCUGUCGACGCGUCGUCCCUCCCAACAGGUUGUGUAACAGCACCAAAGAGACCUCAGCGUUUUUGUCCAGUUGCAGUUUGCUGCAGACCUCCAGUGUGUUUCUGCAUUGCGCCCACAUCGUCUCCCCUGAGGCCUUCCAACUGGUGUGCGAGGAGGAGGCGUGUCACUGUGGUCAGAGGGAGGGGCCAGACUGCUACUGUCCAAUACUAUUAGAGUACGCCCGCACAUGCCACGCCCACGGGAUGCUUCUGCACGGCUGGCUGGAGGAGAGCAAUUGCUCUCCCAAGUGUCCAAUAGGCAUGCAGUACAGCGAAUGCAGCAGGUCAUGCUCCACAACCUGCCAGAGUCUCAACAUCCAGGAGGUCUGCAAGGACGAGUGUGUUGAUGGCUGCAUGUGCCCUGUGGGGAAGGUGUUGGACGGCGGUCACUGUGUGGAAGUUUCCCAGUGUUCCUGUGUGCACAGGGGACGGCACUUUCCACCAGGAUCCAGCAUCGCGCAGGACUGCAACACUUGUGUGUGCCGUCAUGGCUCCUGGGAGUGCACCAACGAAGGCUGCCCUGGUGAGUGCUUGGUGAUGGGCCAGUCGCACUUCAAGACCUUUGACAACAAGUUCUUCACCUUCACGGGCCAGUGUCAGUAUCUGCUGGCCAGAGACUGCGAAGAGAGUCAGUUUUCCGUCAUCAUUGAGAAUGUGCAGUGUGCGGACGAUCAGGAUGCUGUGUGCACUCGUUCGGUGACCCUCAGCCUCCACUCUCUGGAGGACAUGAAGGUGAAGCUGAAGCACGGAGGGAUGGUCUCCGUCAAUGACAUGGACAUCCAAACCCCAAUGCACUAUGGUCGUCUGCGUAUCCAGAGGUCUGUUCAGUCUUCAGUGCGUGUCAAGUUUAGAGAGGAUUUCCGUUUGGACUGGGAUGGACGAGGUCGGGUGCUCUUAAAGCUUGGACCAGCGUGGGCAGGACGCACCUGUGGCCUCUGUGGUAACUACAAUGGUAACCAAGGUGAUGACUUCCUGUCGGGUGCCGGACUGGUUGAGGCGGGGCCUUUGGCUUUUGGUCUGUCCUGGGGGAUCAACGGAGACUGUGAAUCCCAUCACAGAUCAGAGAUUGACCCAUGCACAAUCAACCCCAAGAGAGUGCGUUUUGCGAAGGAGGCGUGUUCAGCGUUGAUGUCGGAGGCGUUCAGCCCAUGCCACUUCCUGGUGAACCCAGGUCCGUUCCAGAGGUUCUGCCACUACGAUGUGUGUGCCUGUGUUGAUGGCGAGGAGUGCCUCUGCUCUGCGCUGUCGUCGUACGUUGCUGCCUGUUCGGCCAGAGGGGUGCUGCUCAACUGGAGAUCUCCCUCGCUCUGUGAGCUGAGGUGCACCGGAGGCCAGUCAUAUGAGGCCUGCGCGAGUGUGUGCGAUAGGACGUGUCGGUCCCUCUCUGGGGCUGAAGCGGGCUGCGAAGGCGAGAGGAUCUGUGACGAGGGCUGUUUCUGUCCACUCGGGCAGUACCUGAGCGACUCCGGAGAAUGUGUGACGGCCGACCACUGCACCUGUCUGCACGAUGGACAGCUUUACCAGCCUAACGAUGUCUAUGCUGACCACAACAGCAUCUGCUACUGUUUGAAUGGCUCCAUGCACUGCAGCUCCAAUGAAAUGGGGAACGCCAUGCUGUCCGACCUCUUCUACGACGAUGACUUUACUCCAGCCAGAGAUCGGAGGUCAGUCCCUUGCCCCCCUCCGCUGAUGCGAGUGGAGUGUGAUGCUGGUGAGAAGGGGCUGGAGUGUGCCAGGACCUGCCAGAACCUGGACCUGCCCUGCCUCAGCCUGGCCUGCAUCCCGGGCUGUCUCUGUCCCCCUGGCACGGUGCGCCACCUCAGAGAGUGCAUUGCACCAGAGCAGUGUCCUUGUUACCAUAACAACAGACCCCAUGCCUCAGGACAGACCAUCUCAGUGGACUGCAACACCUGUGUUUGUGAGAACAGGAAGUGGCGCUGUACAGAGAAGGUCUGUGAUGGAGUGUGUCGCACUGUGGGAGAGGGGCAUUACAUCACCUUCGACGGCCUCAUGUACUCCUUCCCUGGACUCUGUCAGUAUGUCCUGGCCCAGGACAUGUGUGAUGGGGAGGAUGGAUCAUUCCGCGUGUUAGUGGAGAACGAGGCCUGUGGAAUUGUUGGACAUCGCUGUGCCAAAGCUGUCACGGUCUUCUACCAGGGAGGACUCAUUACGAUGCAACAUGGAGAGGUGAAGAUGAGGAGGCCAGUGAGGCAGGGCUCGGAGGUGGAGAUCAUCCAUUCCGGUCAGUUCUACAUCCUGCUGCUGGGGAAGCACAUUUCUAUCAGCUGGGACCAAAGCACCCGGCUCCUGCUCCACAUCUCAGCCAAAUACCGGGGGCGGGUGUGUGGCCUGUGUGGUAACUUUGAUGGGAACGUCAACAAUGACUUGAUGAGCAGCAACAACCAGCUGGAGAUCGACUCCAACCACGUUGGGAACUCCUGGAAGGUCAAACCCAGCUGUGCUGAUGUCACACAGCUGCCCACUCCUUGCAGCGACAACCUGGUGAAGCAGGUAACAGUGGAGCAAUCCUGUCGUGUGCUUACGGGCCCCCUUUUCAAGGAAUGCAACAGCCAGGUGGACGCAGAGCAGUACGUGGAGAUGUGCGUGGAGGCGGCGUGCUCUUGCCCAUCGGUGGGCGACUGCGUGUGUUUCUGUGACGUCGUUGCAGCCUAUGCUCAGGCUUGCUCUGAGAGGGGUGUGUCCAUUAGCUGGAGGUCCAACGACCUAUGUCCUAUGAGCUGUGACGAGCUGAACACUAGGGGCUCGUCAGUGGGCGAGGAGCUGUGCCAGUGGAGGUACAACGCCUGUGGCUCUGCUUGUCAAAUCACCUGCCAGCACCCAGAGCCUCUUCACUGCCCGCUCACCUGUGUGGAAGGCUGCCACGCCUCCUGUCCCCAUGGUCAGCUAUUGGAUGAAGUGGCCAUGCAUUGCGUAGAUCCCUCCCAGUGUAAGGUGUGCAUCCAUGAGGGUCAAAGAAUCUCCCAUGGCAACAAGGUCAUCCUCAAUCAUGACAACCCAGAGCACUGCAAAAUUUGCCACUGUGAGGACAACGUCCUUAGUUGUGAGGUUUGCAACCACUCGGACAUGUUCUCCACUCACGCGCCGACGUCGCCCCCGAUCACCUCCACCGCCCCGCCCUUCUCCACAAUGAUGCCCACAGGGACCUGCGACCGCGCCAUGGACCUGGCGUUCCUGUUGGACGGUUCGGCGGCACUGGGCGAGGAUGAGUUUGAGAAAGUGAAAGAGUUCAUCUUGGCGGUGGUGGAACGCUUCCGAAUGGGCUCAGCUCACACGCGAGCCACGGUGCUGCUCUUCCACUCUGGCGUCAAAACAUAUGACCUGCAGGUCCAGAAGUGGCUGUUCAAGAAGACGGUGCAUGAGCUGCAUUACACAGGGGGAAACGCUGCCUUCCUGGAUGAGGCUGUCAAAUACCUGGCCAUCAAUAUCUACGAUAAGAACAAACGCGAGCAUGCCGGCCGUGUUGCCAUCAUCCUGACUGCGAGUGCCAACCCUCGCCCCAUGCGCGCCACUGUAAAGAUGCUCCGCAAGAAGACCAUUACAACCCUGUCUGUGGCCCUGGGGCCCGGGGCCAAUUUGGGGCAGAUUAAUGAGAUCACCAAGGCCAACCCGGAGAACAGGGCCUAUGUGCUAAGCAGCACAGGUGAGCUGCCUGAUCGUCUCCUAGAGCUGUCAGAUUACCUCUGCACCUUGGGUCUGGAACCCGAGGGGGCCAAACCCGUGCCAACCAAGCCUACACAGGUUAAACCUGUCCGUAGUACAACCACGACUGUCCAGCCCGCAACUUUAGAGCCCAACCCCACGCAGCAAUUCUCCUCUAGUCCUACCCCGACCUUACCCGCAGGCCAGUCUCCAGUCACAACAUCGCCCUCCUCCAACCCUGCAGCCAAAGACGUGACCUUCAUUCUGGAGGGCUCCGAUUCGGUAGGGGAGGUCAACUUUAAUAAGUCCCUGUACUUCUUGGAGGAGGUGAUCUCAAAGCUGUCAGAGCAGGAGGAGUCAAUUCGCAUCACCGUGAUUCAGUACUCCGUAACCAUCACCGUGGAGAUCAGUCGCUUGGAAGUGCGGCGGCAGAAGACCCUGCUGAUUCAACGACUGAGGGAGAUCCGUUGGAGAGGUGGCUCUAAGACAAAUACAGGUGCUGCUGUCACAACCUCCCUCCAGCAGAUAACCACAACGAAGCCUGCUCCAGGUCCCACCGCUUCCAAGUUGGUCUUUCUUGUGACAGAGAACCCGCCUACUGAUACAGUGACACGUCCCCCAGCGACAGACACGCAAACGCAUAUAUAUCCAAUCGGAGUGGGGCCGAAGGUCAGAGAGAAUGACCUGAUGGAUCUCAGCUUCCCACGGCGCCCACUGAUGGUGGAUGACUACAAUCGCCUGCGGUCCCUGGUCCAUCAGGUUGUGAAUAUCACGCACAACACCAUCAGACCCCGCUUCCCGACACUGCAACCGCCCUUCCUUCAAACUUUGAGUCCACGUACCACCCUGCCACCCUCAGUACCAUGUAAGAAGCCCAUGGACGUGGUUUUCCUGUUGAAGGCUGGUGAAGAGUUUGAGGACAUGAAGACGUUCGUGAAAGCCUUCAUCAACAGUGCAAACACAGGACGAAAUGACACCCAGGUGGGUGUGGUUCAGUACGGAGACGGCAGUACGGCAGAGGUGACAUGGAAGGAUGAGCAGAGUAAACCACACCUGUUAAACCUGGUGGAUGACAUGCACAGCAGAACCUCCGCUGCCCCAGCCCUGGGCUCUGCAUUGCGAUUUGCCGUUCAGACGUCCAUCUCACCAGCCAGCGGUGGCAGAGCAGGGGUGGCCAAAGUAGUGGUGAUGCUUGUGACUGACAGAUCAACUGACGACGUCCAGGAAGCCUCUAACGAGGCUCUGGUAGCUGGUGUGUCUGUAUUCCCAAUCGGCGUGGGACCCGGUUAUGACAGGACCGAGCUGAACGCGCUCAGUGGCCGUAGAGAUCAGGACCACACUCUGCACUUGAGCAGCAUGGAUCAGUUACGGAUGCUGCUGACUCUGGACCAUGGGUACACGGAGAGGCUGUGCCGAGCUGGUCCUGGGUCAUGCGUCGAUGAUAGUGGAACUGAGAGAAAGCCUGGUGAGUCUUGGCUCUUGGAAGAUGGCUGCCACUCACUUCUGUGCCACCCCAGCGGAGCGGUGACAGUCCAGAACCACAAGGUCAACUGCGACAGACUGGAGCUCCCGGCAUGCAGAAACAACAUGAUGCCCGUCAAAGUCCAGGAGAGCUGUGGAUGCCACUGGGAAUGCCCCUGUAUGUGCAUGGGUACGUCUACCAACCACGUUGUGAGGUUUGACGGCAUGGCCCUGAGGCUGGACGGAGAGGGUGUCUGCUCCUACACACUUCUAACUGUCGCCAAGGGCAGUGGGACAGGUUCAGAGGUCAAACUCCACAGUGGACCCUGUCAGGCUUCUGCCACCGACCACACUAUAUGUAUGAAGACUAUGGAAGUGACCCACGGAGACCAUAAAUUGCUGCUAAAGGAUGACAUGACGGCGGUGCUUGACGGUGAAGUACUGUCCCUGCCAUGGCAUUACGGUGGACUAGAGGUGCUGCGUUAUGGUGGAGUGAUGCUUCAACUGAAAUCCGAGCACGGCUACGUCCUGACCUUCACGCCACAGAGCAACGAGUUCACCAUCACACAGCUCAGCUCCACCACAGCCAGCCACACUGCCGGACUCUGUGGUGCCUGCGGGGAGGAGAAGGUUAACAAGUUCUCUCUGCGUAACGGCAGCUUGACUGCUGACCAGCAAGCCUUCAUCUCUGACUGGACGGUGGCGGAGGAGGGCGGCGUGUGUCUGCCCAGGCCGAAGGCCGUGUGUGUGUCCGGGGCGGCGUUCGGGUGUCAGGCUCUGCGUUCUGAAGUGUUCGAUCCGUGUCACGCGCAUGUGCCCAUCCAGGUGUUCCUUGCCAAGUGCGAGGAGCAGGCAUGCGAGGAGGCGGACGUGUGCGAGCUCAUCUCCGCAUACGCGCGCCUCUGCAGACAGAGGGGGAUAUGCGUGGACUGGAGGAGCCCGCAUCUCUGCCCGUUUCCGUGUCCCGGCUCCAUGGAGUACGAUGCGUGUCGGAGCGGGUGCGUCGAGGACUGCAGCACCGCACGAGCGUUGCCAGGCGACUGGACCGUUGCCAGGGGCAAUGAGUCACUCUGUAUGGAUACACCCACCGAAGGCUGUUUCUGUCCCGGGGGAACGGUGCUGCAUCACAGAGAGUGUGUGUCGCCGGAGGCGUGCAGUCAGUGUGUUGACCGGCAUGGACAGACGCAUGCGCACAUGAUGAGCUGGGUACCCAAAGACAACCCGUGCCUUAUAUGCAUGUGUCUGGAUCAGCAACAGAUCAACUGCACCACCCGGCCAUGCAACGAUGUAAAAGCUCCAGCGUGUGGACCCUGUGAGAUCCUGAGGGAGAAGAGAGGGUCAAAGUGCUGCCCCGAGUAUGAGUGUGUUUGUGAUCUGGUAAGCUGCAAUCUGCCAGAAGUGCCCCGCUGUGAGGACGGACAGACUGUGGUCUUGAAAAACCCCGGCGAGUGUCAGCCCAUGUAUGAGUGUGUGUGCAAACAGGAGGAGUGUGAGCUCCAAGCCGCCUCUGCUCCUGCUUGUCCCGCCCACCGCCGCCUGUCAGUCAAGAAGACGCAGUGCUGCAGUGUGUUUGAGUGUGCGUGUAGCUGCCAGAACUCCACCCGGUCCUGCCCCCCUGGUUUCAUCCCUUCCACCUCCAGCAACGACUGUGGCUGCACAGAGACGAGCUGCUUGCCUGACAAGGUGUGUGUGGUUGGUGGUGUGGUGUACCCAGUGGGGAGUCAAUGGGAAGAGAAGUGCCAGAAGUGCAGCUGCACCCAGCUGCAAGACAGUCACAUGUCUUUACACAUCGCCCAGUGUACCCCGCCUGUCUGUGACCAGACCUGUCCCCUGGGCUCGUCAUACAGACCAUCAGAGGGAGAGUGCUGUGGGAAGUGCAGGAAGGACAGCUGUGUGGAGUCAGAGUCGGAGGGACCGAUGCCGGGCGACACGCUGAGAGGGGAGCGCCUCAGAUAUGUGGGUGAGGUGUGGCAGUCUCCAGGAGAUAAAUGUGUUUCCCACAAGUGUGUAAGGGCAAAUGAUGAGGUGCUCAUUGCUUCGUCUAACGUCAGCUGCCCACCGAUGGACAACCCCGCCUGCCCCCUGGGAACCGAGCUACGCUGCGACAUGUUGGACUGCUGUCCCCACUGCAGCUGUGCUCCUAUGGAUGCCUGUGUGCUCAACCACACUGUGAUAGGAGCGGGGGAGAGGUUGAUGCUGGAUGUGUGUACACACUGUGAGUGCUCGGUGGAGAAUGGGGCUGUGAGGAAAUACAGACUAGCUUGCAGGAAAAUCAGAUGUCCCGUCUGCCCUGAGGGCUACAGCCUGGAGCAGGAGCCAGACGCUUGCUGUGGUCGCUGUGUUCCCACAGCCUGCAUCCUGCAAAGGCCAAACGGACGCAUUACCCAUCUGCAGGUGAACACCACCGACGUCGACGGAUGCAGCCGCUAUACUUGUAGCACGAACGAUAAAGGAGAUCUGGUGCUGCAGACUAAAGUGACCAUCUGCCCUCCCUUCGACCGUCAAGCCUGCCUGGACAAGGGGGGGAAGGUCAGCCAGAUGGGUACCAGCUGCUGUGAGAUGUGUACGGAGCCGGAGUGCAUCAAGACGGCGGGAAUGCUCAACUACAUCAAAGUGGAUGACUGCCAAUCAGAACACCAGAUAGAACUGCAGUAUUGCGAGGGGAGGUGUAGCAGCAAGUCCAUGUACUCCCUGGAGAGCGGCAGCGUGGAGCAGAAGUGUGUGUGCUGCGCCGCGGUGGAGACGGAGCCUCUCCACGUCCCGAUCCUGUGCACCAACGGCACCCGCACCCACCACACCGUCCUGUCCGUCACUGCGUGUGACUGCUUGUCCAAACACUGCACCUAGAGGGAGAGAGAGGG